UCGGGGCCUGGGUCAAAAGGAGCUGCUCUGAGCGGCUUUCCUUUGUGUGUUAUGAAGGUAGGACUCGAUACAUUGUAAAUGAUGCGUACAUGUGUGACAACAUCAGGAUUUGUCGUUGGAGAUCUUCAGGACACAUUUGUUGACUCAAUAAUUCAAACAUUCGUAGUAUUCGUAGUGGGACUGAACUCCGCUCCUUCCCGAACCUCAGAUCGCUUCCCCGGCCGCGUCGACGUGACCAGGCUCACCUCUCAGAGUGCCGUUCUGACGUGGCUCCCCUUUCCUGGCACCAUCGACCGCUACCAGGUUGAAGUCGAGGUCGGCGGAGAGCUCAAGGUCAACCAGAUGGUGACCAACGCGACAAGCCUCGACCUUGCCGACCUGACGCCGGGAUCCCUCCACGCGGUCCGCGUGUUCCCGGUUAAGGGCCAGAGAGAAAAGCACCCGCAGCAGACCGCCUUCUACACCAGACCCAACAAAGUGGAGAACCUCGCCGCCGUCCAAGUGACCGAAACCAGCGUGGCCCUGAACUGGAGCAAACCGGACGGAAACGUGGAACUCUACAGCGUCGAAUCCGAGGGCGUGGAGACGGGUCGAAGCCAAACGGAGGGCACCGUGGUCGUCAACUUGACCCCCGGGACGCUGCACACUUUCGCCGUCCUCUCGGCGGUCAACGGCAGCUCCACCAGGAGCGACGAGUCCAGCGUCGCAGCGUACACCAGGCCCGGGAAGGUGUCCGGCCUGCAGGUGUCAGGGAACACGCACUGCUCAGUGGUGCUGAAGUGGGUGAAACCCAAGGGACACACCACCGGUUACAGAGUGAAGGCCACGACGGCUAGUGGUGAUCCUCCUUGCCUGCUGUUUAGUGGAAAUGUGACGCAAACGGAGGUGAAGGUGACGUCGCUGCCGCCCGGCACAAGGAUAAAACUCACCGUGACGGCCCUGACGAACCAUGACGCUCUGGAGGGAGACAACGUGACCAUCGACAGCUACACCAGUAACUCCGGGCUUCUGGUUUAGCCCUUUUUUUCAGUUUUUUUUCCUUUGAACUGUCGCAUCUCACUGAUCUGAUCUGACUAAUUGUGACUCCUCCGUGCAGCUCCCAACCCGGUUUCAAACCUGUCUUUGACCUCCACGCACAACACCCUCGAAGCCCGUUGGAGCCCUCCC